AUGCGUGCUGCUGAUUUUAAAUCCCACAUCAUUACACCUCUGUGGUUUAGUUUUACUUGGAAUAUCUUAAGAUUAGCAAGUAAUACUCUUGUUUUACAAUUUGUAGGACUGCAGGGGAACCCGGCUGCAUAUUUCUUGGUCAGCACUGAGCAAGACCGAAGGCCAGGGGCCACCAGUGGCUUGCCGUUGAAUAAGCAUCAGCAGAGUCAACCUGGAGGAGAAGCUGACUCCUUGGCGAGGGAUGGUCUCUCAAGCAACAGCUCCUUCCACAGCAGCGAAGGAGAAGGGACUGACCACGAGGGAGACAUCUUGGACUGCAGUGGAUCCAGACCUCUGCUGAUGGACUCGGAAGAGGAAGAAGAGGCUUGUAAAAUGAACCCCCAGCUUCAGGAAAGGGGACGUGGUUCCCAAAAGGACUUGAACCUCCAACCAGCCCAGAAUGUGCCAGGGUCGGUUCUGUUCGACACUUUUCCGCAACAACCUGCAGAAACGUCUGAAAAGGAGACCGACGUUUUUGCCACGGCUCCUUUCCGAAACUCUAAAAGCCACUGUGAUGACUUGGACAUUUUCACAAAAGCACCGUUUCUCUCCAAAAGCCAAGUGUUUUCUACGCAGCUGGAUGAAGGCGAUGUGUUCCUUAAAGCUCCAUUCACAAAAAAGAAAAGCCAGGAGGAGCUGGUGGGUCACAAUGUCGUCAAGGAACCUCCUCCCACUGGGGCCUUCCUAGGCUCAGCUGGAGUUGCUCCUCAGCACACCCGUGCCCCUACAUUCCAGAACCUGGAUGUGGGAACCCAUGGCUCCCUUCUUCCCCAAGGUCAGUAUUCAGGGGCCUCCUUGGUUCAGCCCUCAAGAGCAAGUGAUGGUCCAGAUGCCCACCCUCCCAAAGGUGCAUCUGGAGAACUCGGUCCCAUUUCCAACGAUACACUCCAAAGACACUUGGUCCUCCAAGAAGGCUUCUUGGGAUCGAAGACCAGCCCGCCUUUCCACCCACAGUCCUUAGCAAAGUACUCCCGACAUUACAGUCCAGAAGGCAGGCAGGGGACCAGCGCCCAACCCAUAGCAGCUUACAAAGUUGUAUCUCAGACCAACAAGCAGGUGAUAGCUGGGUCCGUUUCUAUCGCCUCUCUUUCUUCCAGGACUAAGGAACUGCCCACUAGCGACCCAUUUACAUCUGCCCCCUUUCCCUCCAAACUGGGGAAGCAGAAGCCUUAAAUGGUUUCUUCUGUGAUGACGUCCAGUCUGUGGCUUCCGACAGGUAUCUUUUUUUCA